GUAACUAAAGACCUCGAUAGACGGCAUGGCUUCACGCUUCGUUCCUUUAUUUCUCUCCUCCCUCCUCAUCGCGACUUCGUUUGGCUGCUCCAUUGCCGAUGCUAACGUCGCUGAAGGCGUCGUCGGGAGCGACGAUCCGUUGAUCCGUCAAGUCGUUGACCACGGCGAUGACGAAGUCGUUGAUGAGAACUCGUUGCUGAAUGCCGAUUACCACUUCGCUAUCUUCAAGAGGAAAUUUGGCAAGUCGUAUGCUUCUCAGGAGGAGCACGACUACAGGUUCUCGGUCUUCAAGGCUAACCUGCACCUCGCUAGGAGACACCAGAAGCUCGAUCCCUCUGCGGUCCACGGCGUCACGCAGUUUUCCGAUCUCACACCCCGCGAAUUCCGUCACCAAUUCCUCGGCAUCAAUAGGAGGCUUCGUCUCCCCUCACAUGCUAACAAGGCGCCGAUUUUACCAACGAAUGAUCUACCGACGGACUUCGAUUGAAGAGAUCAUGGUGCUGUUACGCCGGUGAAGAAUCAGGGUUCUUGUGGAUCAUGCUGGUCGUUUAGCACAACAGGAGCAUUGGAAGGCGCCAACUUCCUGGCGAGGGGAAAACUUGUGAGCCUCAGCGAGCAACAGCUUGUGGAUUGCGAUCAUGAGUGUGACCCAGAAGAGAAAGGUUCAUGUGAUUCAGGCUGCAAUGGCGGACUGAUGAAUAGUGCUUUUGAGUACACACUUAAAGCCGGUGGACUCAUGCGAGAAGAAGAUUAUCCAUACACUGGCACUGAUCAUGGAACUUGCAAAUUUGAGAAGACCAAAAUUGCUGCAAAGGUUGCCAACUUUAGUGUCGUGCCCAUUGAUGAAGAACAAAUUGCAGCAAAUCUUGUCAAGAAUGGUCCUCUUGCUGUGGCUAUCAAUGCAGUCUACAUGCAGACGUACAUUGGAGGAGUUUCGUGCCCACUAAUAUGCUCGAAACGGUUGGAUCACGGUGUAUUGUUGGUUGGUUAUGGUGAAGCUGGCUAUGCUCCCAUUCGAAGGAAGGAGAAACCUUACUGGAUCAUCAAAAAUUCGUGGGGCGAAAAAUGGGGAGAAAAAGGUUACUAUAAAAUCUGUAGAGGCCGCAAUAUUUGUGGAGUGGACUCGAUGGUUUCAACUGUUGCAGCUGUUAGUACGAGAGAGUAGAAUAUGAAUUAUUGUUAAAUACUGCCACCUCAUUCCAUGUAGAUAGAGGUCUCAGAGCAUUGUUUACAACCAAAACAACUUGCCUUGCGUAUGUAGACGAUGAUGGAUCUGUCUGUGAUUGAACAAUCAAAAUGUAAUUAUUUAUGAAGGUUGACGAAUGAUGAGGCAAAUACACACCAAGCGAAAGCGUGAUGCUAACUUGCUUCUUCCAGCUCCUGCUAUGCCCAAGAAACUAGGCAUGUUCUUUCUUUUCGCAUUUUGAUAUUCCCUCUCCGUAAAACAGUCGAUUGCCUGGACUUAACAAGGUGAUACCAAAGGUUUUGGGUUUAUCAUGUAUGCAAGAAAAGGAAUCAGAUACUAUUCAUGCCAACUAUUAAGUAAAACAUCUCUGAUGGAUAUUCCAGAUCAGCUAUCACAUUAAAAAUUAGGAGAGAUAUACUGUGACCGAAACUUCAACAUAUUUGGUACUUGAGCACCUUAGGCACGCAAUAAUUGCCCGUUUAUUGAGUUUAUAACUGAACUAUUAAAAGAGUAAAUAUGAAAACAGGAAACUGUCAAAUCUUUCCUUUUUGCUUACAAGUACAAAGGUCCACAUGCUAGCUGCAUAAAUAAAAUAAUAAAACGAUAAAUUACAUCAUGUACGUCAUUGCUGAUAUAACAUAGCAAACUCAGGCCUCAAAAUAAGCCUGCUUAUUCCUCUCAAUUGCAAAUGAUACAGGUCGGGGGUGUUUGUUUGCCAGG